AUGAGUAAUGAAUUCAAACAAGGAAGUAGCUGCGCAACUCCAAUUGGGGAUAGUCAAAUGACUCCGGCGCAAGGUGUCGCUACGCCACAGCAAAAAACUGUUGGGCGUGUUCAGGGGUCUACUCCUUCCAAUUCUGUUUCAAACACGAUUACAACGCAAAGUGUAGCACCCCAGUUUGCGAUUGCAGCUCCGCACAGUAUCUCGCACAAUGCUAAUCCGGAGGUUUUAUCAGCAUUCGAAUGCCCUGUUUGUAUGGAUUAUAUGAUGCCACCUUACCUGCAAUGUCAGAGUGGUCAUCUUGUAUGUGGAAAUUGUCGUCCUAAGCUAACAUGUUGUCCUACCUGCAGGGGUCCAUCCUCGAAAACGUUGUACUUAUUUACAGCUAGUGUUCGAAAUUUGGUGCUAGAAAAAAUUGCUAAUACAGUAAUGUUUCCUUGUAAAUUUGUGGGCUCGGGUUGUCCAUUAACAUUUUCGCACGUUGAAAAGGUGGAACAUGAAGAAAUUUGUGAGUUCCGCCCAUAUUGCUGUCCAUGUCCUGGAGCAUCGUGUAAAUGGCAAGGAAAUCUGUCGGAAGUCAUGGGUCAUCUUAUGAAAGUUCAUAAAUCUAUAACGACUUUGCAAGGGGAAGAUAUUGUUUUUUUGGCUACUGAUAUCAAUUUACCUGGUGCUGUGGAUUGGGUAAUGAUGCAGUCUUGUUUCGGUUAUCACUUCAUGUUAGUGCUGGAGAAACAGGAGAAGUUUCAAGAUGGUAAUCAAAUGUUCUAUGCGGUGGUGCAGUUGAUUGGUGCCAAAAAAGAAUCUGAGAAUUUUAUGUAUCGGCUUGAAUUAGCUACACAUGGGCGUCGUUUCAGCUGGGAAGCUUCUCCUCGUAGCAUUCAUGAAGGUGUUGCACAUGCUAUCUCGCUAUCGGAUUGUAUGGCAUUCGACAGCCAGACGGCUCAAUUGUUUGCCGAAAAUGGUAAUCUCGGUAUCAAUGUAACGAUAUCCAUGGUGUAA